CAGCCCAAAGCCUGAAGCGGAGUAGUCUUGGGGAUCUCCAACACCUCUUCCCUAACAGAAUGAAAUACGCACAGUAUGUCUUCCUGGCCUCAAUCUUCUCCACUGUUGAAUAUAGCCUAGCUCAGACCUGUGCAGUGGAGUCUUUCUCUGUGAAAGACAAUUUUGAUCCAAAAAGGUAUGCAGGGAAAUGGUACGCCCUGGCCAAGAAGGAUCCAGAAGGCCUUUUCCUUCAGGACAACAUCUCUGCUGAGUACACUGUGGAGGAAGAUGGCACAAUGACAGCGUCUUCCAAAGGCCGAGUGAAGCUUUUUGGGUUCUGGGUGAUCUGCGCUGACAUGGCUGCUCAGUACACAGUACCUGACCCAACCACCCCAGCAAAAAUGUACAUGACCUACCAGGGCUUGGCCAGCUACCUCUCCAGCGGUGGGGACAACUACUGGGUGAUCGACACCGACUACGACAACUACGCCAUCACCUACGCCUGCCGCAGCCUGAAGGAGGACGGCUCCUGUGACGACGGCUACUCCCUCAUCUUCUCGCGCAACCCCCGCGGCCUGCCCCCCGCCAUCCAGCGCAUUGUGCGCCAGAAGCAGGAGGAGAUCUGCAUGUCUGGCCAGUUCCAGCCCGUGCUGCAGUCAGGGGCCUGCUAAAAAGUACGCUUCUGAUCCUAUCCUUAAGCACAGAAACCAGACCUCUUGGUCUUGAAGUCGCCACAGAAAAAAAAAUUAAAACAAUUUUAGUAUGGACUAGUGUGUUUUUCCUAAAAAACACGUGAAGAUGUUGAGGUUUUGUAAACUGUGUGCAAUACAGUAUCGAUAUUUAAAUUUUCAAGGGAAUACCUAAUGUGGCAUUUGUCAAUAAAUGUUUUGGAAGAA